UACCACAUCUACGGUCACACUGCACUUGCAGUGCAAUUUUCUGAAGUACAUUCUGCGAAAAACGUUUCCAAAUUACAAAUAAACUGAGCAGGCUAAACAAAACGACACAAUGGAGGCCGUGCCGCGUCUGCACAUGCUAUGGUUUGCCCUCAAAUCCAGCCCGGAGGGCACAUCGUUCGCAGCCCUAAAAAAGUACAUAGCCGAAUUCUAUCACGAAGAUCCGGAGGCCUUUUCCAAGGAGGUGCACGCUUUGGAAACGCUGCGCAACCAGGCGAUGCGCACCACCAAAGACGGCGCUCCAAUUAUGAAGCGCUACUAUUGCCAGCUGCAUGCGCUGCAGAACCGCUUUCCGCAGCUGGCGGAGCGCAGCAUCUUUACGUUCACCUGGAAGGAUCUCUAUCACAGCACCGUGCACGAGGUGAGCGACAUACGCUACGAACGUGCCGCUGUACUCUUCAAUAUUGCCGCCUCGCACACACAGUCGGGCGCUUCGGUGACGCGCGGCGAUGUCGAUGGCAUGAAAAUGGCCUGCACACAUUUUCAGGCCGCUGCAUGGGCCUAUAACGAGCUGCGGGAACGCUAUGCGAAUGUCAACAGUGGCGGUGAUUUUAUGACCACCGAACUGUUGGUCUUCCAGCAGCAGGUUUGCCUUGCUCAGGCACAGGAAUGUAUACUGGAAAAGUCGCUAAUUGAUAACCGGAAGCCGCACAUUGUGGCCAAGGUGACGGCACAAAUUGUUGUCUACUAUGGCGCAGCUCUGGCGGCGCUGCUAACCGGCGGCGACGAUGGACCCGUUGCUCAGGUGAUCGAUAGCUCCGUCUACAAGCUAUGGAAGAAAUAUGUCAAAUUCAAGAUAAACUAUCUGCACUGCAUAUUGUACUUGUAUCAGGGACAACAAGCUGAGGAGCAGCGCAAAAUGGGCGAACGUCUGACGCUCUACCAGGCGGCCUGGGACAAACUGGAGGAGGCACGCAAAGAGUCCAAGGGCCUGCCAGACCAAAAGGAAAUCAACGAGUCCCUCAGCUUCACCGCCGAUGUGGUCGAGGGCAAGCGCAAGAAUGCCAAAAACGAAAACGAGUUCAUCUACCAUGAGGCUGUGCCAGAGCUGACCACCAUUGCAGCUGUGCAGGGCGCCAAUCUGGUAAAUGGCAUUGGGUUUUCCGUAACGGAUGAGGAGGUUGCAGGCGCCGAUAUAUUUGCGCGAUUGGUGCCCAUGAAGGCGCACGAGGCCAGCUCCAUGUACAGCGAGGAGAAGGCGAAAUUGCUGCGGAAAUAUGGCGCAUUGCUGGAGGAGAAGGACACACAGCUGGAUAGCUACAUGAGCUCGCUAACCUUGGACAAUCUCAACAUAAACGAGGAGCAGGCCAACAAGCUGCCCCAGGGCAUUGUCGAUCGCUGUGCGGCGCUGCAUGCCAACAAAACAGCCAUCAGCGAUCUGAUCGAGGCCAUGUCCCAGCUGGCAGAGAUCACAGCCGAUGUGGAGACCAAUCUAAGUGAGCUAACGCACAUGCUCGAGGCGGAAGCCCAAGCGGAGCGCGAAUUUCAAGCAGCCAGCGGCGUGCAGCGUACACCCAAUGCCCACAUUACGGAAUUGACGCGCGAGUUCCAGAAAUACAGCGAAGCGCACGCCAGGGCAGGCGAGUCCAACAAUACGCUGCGCAAGGCCAUGAGUUUGCAUGUGAAUAAUCUAAAGAUCCUGGCGCGUCCACUGCAGGAAAUACAACAGCUGAUGCCCAAGCUCAGCUCGGAGCUGAACACCACAGAGAUUUUCAAGGAUGUCAAAUUGAUUGUGAACAAGGUGAAUGAGAUGAAGGCGCAGCGCGCACAAUUCCAUGCGGAUCUGCGCAUUGCCAUCAAUGAGGAUGACAUCACGACCAAGGUGAUUGCCCAUGGCGGCCAGGAGGGCCUGCAGGUGCUCUUCGCCACCGAGCUGGCCAAGCACGAUCGCCUCACCCAGCUGCUCGAUCAGAAUAUGCUGGCCCAACAAAAUAUAUUGCAGGCCCUGACAGAGGCGUAUGCGCGUGCCGCACCCGUGUUAAAAACGCUGCAGGAUGUUAAACAAAAGCGCGAGCAUUUUUACAGCUCGCUGGCUGCCUCCUAUGAUGUGUAUGAGGAUCUGCUGGCCAAGUCGGCCAAGGGUCUGGAGUUCUACAAGAAGCUAGCGGGCAAUGUGCAAAAACUCUUGACACGCUUCAAGUCCGCACGCGAUGUCCAAUCCGAGGAGCGACAGCAGCGUCUGCAGAGCGUCAAAGCGGCGCCAGCUGCUGCCGCAAUGCCCGCUGUCAGCAAGCCAGAAAUUGUGUCCACUGCCACCAGCGGCGCGCCCAAACUACGUGAUUAUCUGAAGGCUAAACAAAAUGGCAUUGCCGCAGCUACACUGGAUGCCGCAGCCUAUCUGCCCACUGUGCGCCCGGUUCCGGUGGGCUCUGAGAAUCCCACGCAGGCCGCCUGCUCUGUUUAUGCUAGCGCACCGCCGCCCAAUGAGCCGCCGCCGCCCUACAGCCUGCAGCAGCAGCAAUACUACGAUCCCAAUGCCGCGGGCUAUACCAAUCCAAUGUAUCAGCAACAGCAGCAGCACAUUGCGCCGCCCGCCUACAAGGCGCAAGCCUCGCCCAACUCACAAACGCUGCAUGGCGCCAUGGCACAACUCAGCAUGCAACAGCAGCAACAGCAGCAGCAGCAGCAACAUCAGUUGCCCCCGGCGGAGCCAGCCGCAGCUUAUGGCCAGCAAUCACAAUUGGGCUAUGGCUACAAUUAUCCACUGGCGUAUCCAGCGCCUGCAGCCUCACCUGCUCAACAGAACUACAACUACCAGCAGCCGCUCUAUGUGGCCACAUCCGCGCAGCCCAGCGAGCCUUUGAGCUAUUCACAGCCACAGCAGUUGGGAUAUGCCCAGCAGCAGACGACACAGCAGCCCCUGGCCCAUCAACAAGCCAAUGCUGCACAGGCUUAUCCGCCAGCUGUGACUGCUACCCAGCAGGCAUCCAGUUUUAUGUAUCCGCAGCCAGCUGCUGCGGCAUACGGUCAGCAGGCACAGGCAGUGCCACAGCAGCCAGCCCAAUCUCAGACACCCCAACCAGCUGGCAGUUAUUCCCAAUCGCAGACGCCCCAACAAGCAGCCAGUUAUGCUCAAGCCCAAACUCCGCAGCAGCAGCCAACUGCGGCCUAUUCUGCUGCGCCUCAGCCUACAGCCUAUGGUCAGCCUUCAAGUUUUGGCCAGCCUCAGAUGCCAGCGCAGCCAGCUUUGUAUCCUUCACAGGCGGUGCCAUCAACGCCAGCAGCCAUGCAAUAUCCAGUGGCCACCGCCGGCUCAGUGCCAGUUCCCAGUGUUGAUACCAAUUUCUUGAGCUACUCAAAUCAUCCUGGCUACAGCUUUAAUCCACAAACGGGCAUCUAUGAGUACAGCAGUGGCUAUCAGCAUGAGAGCAACAAUAUUCCAAAGGUUUCGCAUGGACAAUUUGGCCAAUUCACGCAAAGCGGACAACAGCAGGCGGCCAUUGUGGGCACCACAGACUCGGAGCAAGCCAAUCGCAGCAGUUUGGCCACGGGCUUUGAUUCGCCCAUCGUUUCGCAUACAAAGGCAGCAAGUGGCGCCGCCGACUCUAGUGCUCCGAGUCAGCCGGCCGAGGUGACGGGUAACUAUUAUACACCACCAUAUGGCUAUCAUUCGGCUGGCGGAACGCUCACACAGCAGCCACAGCCGCAGCUGCAGGCGGAGCAGCAGCCUGCAACAACAGCUGCCGCGGCGCCCAUCAAUCCGAAGUCCUCAAUUUAUAUGCAGAGCGGCGGCAGCAGCAUUGCCAACACCCAGACGACCACGAGCAGCGCACCCUAUGCCUCAUCGGCGCUGCAGAGCGAAACCAAGCCGACAACGUCCGAUGUCAGCAAUGUGGACUUGCUUAGCGAUUUGGACUUGGACUGUGCGGGCGCGGUGCCGCCGCCGUUGCUGCAGCCACAGAUUGUGGCAACACCAACGCCGCCGCCUUCCGUGGCUGCGAGCGAUUGUGCCGUGGAUGCCGUUGCCGGCACACCCACAGCUGCUGCAAUCUCGCCGAUGGCCUCGCCUUCAGUGUCAGCGGCUGCAGCGCUGCGUAAAAAUAGUAUUGACAAUCUUUCCAAUUGCUCAGAUUUGAGCUCGCUGGAGAACUUUGACUGGGAUUCGGUUUCAUUGACACAUUCCGCCAGCGAAAAGCAACAGGCAACAAAUGGACAUCCUCUAAUUGCAUUCCAAAUGCGCGCUCACGAUCCGUUCGGCGAUGAUAAGACGCUCAAAUACUUCCACAAGGAGGUGGAGAGCUACGAGAAGCUCGUUGAGAAUUUACAUGUCAAAAUGUUAAAUGGCAAUACCCAGCUGGGCAGCAAAUGGUUGGAGUUGCAGCAGAAGCUGGAUAAGGACACCAUCGUGAAACGCACGACGACCAUAGCAAAGCUGUUUCCCGAGAAGAAUCGCUCACUGGACUGUCUGCCCUACGAUCAUGCGCGCGUCAAGCUGGACAAGCAGACGGAUGACUAUAUCAAUGCGGCUUACAUGAAGUGCCUCAGCGCUGGUUGUCCAAACAUUAUCGUAUCACAAACUCCGCAAGCGAACACCAUCAACGAUUUCUGGUCCAUGAUUUGGUCAGAAAAGUCUCGCACUGUAGUUUGCCUGCACACCACCAAUGAGCUCUUUGAUCCCUAUUGGCCGCAGUUGCUCAACCAGUCCACACACUACGACGACUAUACUGUGAACUGUGUAAAGCUGCAGCAGCUCAGCCACUGCACGGAGUACCAACUGAAGCUAUCGAUGCAUGGCGCCGAUGCUAUUCUGGACCUGUCGCUGCUGCAGCUCAAGCAAUGGACCAAAGCUUCGCCCACUCAAUUGCUGGGCAUAGCGCAGAAUGCGCUGCAGACGCAUCAGCAGCGUUGUCUGGCCGCCAAUGCGCCCACAUCACCGCUCAUUUUGAACUGUUUGACGGGCUCCGAGCGCUCCGAGCUGGUGGCCAUUGCAAUUUGUGCAUUGAUGGGCACGCAAAACAAGCGGCCCAUUUUAAUAAAUGUGGUCGAUGUGUGGUCACGUAUUUGCAUGCAGCGACAAAAUUCGCUCCGUGACGCAGCCAUCCUGGAGCAGUCCAUGCAAAUCGUCUUGAGCAAUGCUCAUAAUGUGCUCAACAAACGUGGGAUUAUGACAUCAUAUCAAAUGAAAAUGGCACCCCAGGUAACAGCCAAGGAGCAACAGGAGACCAAGGAUCCAUUAAACGAACUGGAUGCGCUGUGGAAAAUGAAAUAAACGACUGACGAUGCUUGCAUCGCAAAGUUGCUUAAUAUAUAUAUAUACACACACAUUUUAAUCAAAAUGAUAAUGUUUAUAAUAUUUAUACAACUAUUUACUACAACUAUCAACUACCUACACACACAUAUAUACAUAUUUAUACACGGCUCGAAGAUUGUUGCAAACAAUUGAUGGGCGAUAAAAAGAAAACAUAGUAUUGAAUUAACAAAACAUUUGAAUUGUAUUUGUCCUUCUAUUAACUUGUUAUAUCAAAUGUAUUUCAAACUAUGGUGAUGUUUAUUAAUGCUGACUAUAUCUCUAUAUCUAAAAACGUUUAUGAAACUCUAUGUCAUGAUUUUGCGCGUAUCUAACGGCAAAUUGAUCAAUAAACGUAUGCAAAUAAAUUAA